AUGGAAGCCAAAUAUAUAACAGUAGGAAAACCAUCAGGUGAUGAUUUUGAUGAUGGAAUGAUAGAUAAAAUAAGUCGAAUAAAAAUUUAAUACAAUAAAUAAAAUAUUGUAGCAAUUGGAUUAUUUUAUGAAUAAAGAUAAAUCUAUAAAUUUCAUAAUUUUUGUGGCAAUGCUGUCAGCAAAUUGUAUUUCUAUGUUUGGGAAGAAGAAUUCAUUAUAGAAAAAGAUGAUUGUAAGAAUAAAACAUAUGUAGAUCUUUAGUAAGUAAGAGGCACUUUUGAUGGAAUGUAUAUAACAUCUUUACAACUUACAACAUACAAUGCUUAAUAUGUCCAUUAUAAAGCAUCUUGUAUUGGGAAUGAAUUUAUUAUAGAAAAUUAUGGUAUUUAUAAAAAUUAUAAUAGGUGACACUUUCUCGAGUUGUAAUGGAUCAUUUGAUAGAAAUGGAUUAACAUCGCUAGGUCUUAAACUUAUUCCUCUUAAUUAAAUUGAUUUUGAAAGGAUACAUAAUAAAAUUCUCUAUUUGUCAUUUGGUCAUCAUUAUCCAUAAUAAUACAUUCCUUAAUUUUCAUAAUAUCUAAAUUAUCCUUCAAAUUGA